GCUUCAUGUGGUGCACUUUCAUUCAGAGUCAGGCUUGGUGGCUGCUAAUGAGGCAGAUUUCCACCUCACACAGCACGGCAGGACUCUGUGCUAACGCACUUGGGGACAGCUACCAUGCUGCUGCUGCUCAGUGCUGUGCUCAUCCUGUGGGCUUCCUGUGCCAACGGACAAGUGAAACCCUGUGACCGUCCACAAAUAAAACAUGGCGACCUAGAUUAUAACGCUAAAUACAAAUACUACCCAGUGCCUCUGGGAACAUCUGUUUAUUAUUCGUGUGAAGAUGGUUUUUUGCCCCCCUCGGAAUAUUACUGGGGUUCCCUUAAGUGCACACAGGAAGGAUGGUUGCCCGCAGUGCCAUGUCUCAGACAAUGUACUUUCAGCUAUGUGGAAAAUGGAAAAUAUCCAUAUUUUUCAAAAACCUAUGUACAGGGCCAGUCUGUAAAAGUUGAGUGCUAUCGUGGCUACAGUCUUCCAGAUCAGCAAACCUCGAUUACCUGCACAGAGGACGGCUGGUCCCCUCCCCCUAAGUGCACUCGUAUCAAAACAUGUUCAAAAUCAGAAAUAGAAGUUGAGAAUGGGUUUCUGUCUGAAUCCACUAACACAUACACUGUAAAUGCAGUGACACAGUAUAAGUGCAAGCCAGGAUACGUAACGGAAGAUGGUGAAGAAUCAGGAUCCAUCACGUGCCUGCAGAGCGGGUGGUCGGCUCAGCCCAGAUGCAUUAAAUCUUGUGAUGAGCCAUUAUUUGAGAAUGCCAGAGCCACGAGAAAUUUCACGUGGUUUAAGGUCAAGGACGAGGUGGAGUACGAAUGUCGUAGUGGAUAUGAAAACAGAGACAGACACACCAAGGGUUCCAUAGUCUGUGGUGACAGCGGCUGGUCUGACACGGCCUCGUGCUCUGAAAUAGAAUGCAGGAUUCCAGAAAUGGAACAAAACUUGCUUGCUGACCCCAAGAAAGACAAAUAUAGAGUUGGAGAUGUGCUGAAAUUCUCCUGCAGACAGAGACUUACAAGAGUUGGACCAGAUUCAGUUCAGUGCUACCCCUUUGGAUGGUCCCCUGAUGUCCCAGUAUGUAAAGCGGAAGUACGCGUCUGUGGUCCUCCUCCUCAGCUUCUCAAUGGGGACGCCAAGAAAACAAGGAAAGCAGAAUACACGCACGGGGACCAAGUGGAAUACCAUUGCAAUACUGGAUUUCUGAUGAAGGGGCCAAAGAAGAUUCAAUGUGUUGAUGGAACGUGGACAAGCUUGCCUAUGUGUAUUGAGGAGAGGAGUACCUGCGGAGACAUACCGGAACUCGAUCACGGCUACGUCCAGACUUCUGACCCUCCCUAUCGCCAUGGAGACUCCGUGGAGUUCAGCUGCAGAGAAACGUUCACGAUGAUCGGACACGGAACAGUGACGUGCGUUAAAGGAACGUGGACCCAACUUCCUAGCUGUGUUGCAACAAAUCUACUGGAGAAAUGUAAGACAUCGAGGUUAAUUAUAAUUAAUGCAAACCCAACCAGUAAGGUUGAAUUUGAUCAUAACCAGAACAUAAGCUACAAAUGCAGAGGAAAAGCAGAAUCCAAACACUCCGUCUGCAUAAAUGGGAGAUGGGACCCCGAAGUGACCUGCACGGAAGUACCAGUGCAAUUAUGCCCACCUCCACCUCAGAUUCCUAAUGCUCAAGAUAUGAAAACUACAGUGAAUUAUCAGGAUGGAGAGAAGGUGUCUGUUCUUUGCCAAGAAGGUUACCUAAUUCAGGAAGCAGAAGAAAUGGUGUGCAAAGAUGGGAAGUGGCAGUCGUUACCACGCUGUGUUGAAAGAAUGCCAUGCUCUCAACUUCCUGAGAUAAAUCAUGGAACCCUUAUAUUACCUAGAUCUUCAGAAAAAAGUCAAAGAACAAAUGAGCCCAGUUCUUACCCACAUGGCACUAAAUUAAGUUAUGUUUGUGAUGAUGGUUUUCGGAUGUCCGAGGGAGAUGAGAUCACAUGCUAUAUGGGAAAAUGGAGUUCUCCUCAGUGUGUAGGACUUCCUUGUGACCCACCUUCGAUUCCUAAUGGUGUUGUACCUCACCAGUUAGAAACUUACCAAUUUGGAGAUGAAGUUGCGUACACUUGCUCAGAAGGCUACGGAACCAAUGGGCCAGCCUUUAUAAAAUGUUUAGGAGGAAAGUGGUCUGACUCACCAGAAUGCAUAAAAACAGAUUGUGUUGGUUUACCCAUGUUUCCUGAUGCUACACCGGUAAAAGAGGAGAAGGCCUCAUACAGGUCAGGAGAACAAGUGAUCUAUAAAUGUCCCACAAAUUACCAAUUUGUUGGUUCCAAUUUUAUCACAUGUAUUAAUGGCAGAUGGAUAGGAAAGCCAACAUGCAAAGAUAUGUCCUGUGGGAAUCCACCCACAGUGAAAAAUGGUCGUAUGACAUCAGAACCAAAGACUAAGUACCCACCUGGUGACAGAGUGCGUUAUGAAUGUAACAGAUCUUUUUACAUAUUUGGGGGCAUCGAAGUGAACUGUCUAAAUGGAAACUGGACUAAUCCACCCCAAUGCAGAGACUCUUCAGGAAAAUGUGGGCCUCCUCCACCUAUCGACAAUGGUGACAUUACAUCAUUUCCGAUGCCAGAGUACCCCCCUGGGUCAUCAGUUGAGUAUCAGUGUGAGUCUUUGUAUGUACUUGAGGGCCCCAAGAAAAUAACCUGUAGAAGGGGACAGUGGUCAGAACCACCAAAAUGCUUAGAUGCAUGUGUAAUAUCAGAAGAGAUCAUGGGAAGACAUAAUAUAGCAUUAAAAUGGAAACCAAACCAAAAGCUUUAUUCCAGAACAGGAGACUUUGUUGAAUUUUCUUGUAAACGUGGAUAUUAUCCUACACAUUCUCAGGCGUUUCGAGUGCAGUGUCGGAAUGGGCAGCUGCCAUACCCCAGUUGUGCGAAAAGAUAAUGACUAAGAAGUAUUAUUACAAUUAAAAAGUGACACUUCACAC